UCGAUAGCCGCAGCGCCCCUCCUCAAUCGAUUGCUCCUGGCACACAACGCCGAUAGGCGACUUCUCUGCCCAUCCAGCCUAAACCCAAAGCCUCCUACGAUCACCCCUCUGCCAUCGUCAGACUUCGACUCUCUCACCAAACCUCGACAAGCGUUACUUAUCGUCAGGGUGCUCCAACGCUCGCUCCGCCAUCGCCAGUAUCCUUUGGACCCAUACUUUCGCUCUACAAGAUACACAACCCCUCUUACGUCCACGACAGCUUCGGCUACGUCAAGUUUCGGCAUCAUGUCUAGCAGAGAUCGCCGUAUAAUGAAAGAGCUGCAGGAUCUGACGGAGGACAAGGACACUUCCGGCAUUCAUGCUGCCCUGGAACAAGAGGGCUCGUUGACCGCUCUCAAGGGCUGGUUCUUUGGCCCUGGAAAUACGCCGUACGCUGGUGGCAAAUUCGUGAUUCACAUUCAGCUUCCUACCGACUACCCCUUCAAGCCACCCAAGAUGAAGUUUGAGACCAGGAUCUGGCAUCCUAAUGUCAGCAGUCAGACGGGCGUCAUUUGCCUCGACACCCUCAACAAGAACUGGUCCCCUGUCCAAACGAUCAAGACGGCUCUCCUCUCGGUCCGAAUGCUUCUCGAAAACCCAAACCCCUCAGAUCCACAGGACGGUGAAGUUGCACGGAUGCUGCUCGACAAUCCCGACUCGUUUGUGCAGAUGGCUCACGAGUGGGCAGUCAGGCACGCUGGUGCGCCGCGACAGCGAAACCUCGACUUAACUAUAUUCAGAAGCCUGGCCAGACCAACAACUGCUGUCGAUGCGAGCCGGUACCAUGGAUACAAGCCGGUCUUGGUUGAACAGUUUACGGCAAUGGGAUUUGACCUCGAUAACGUGGUGGCGACACUCGAGUUUUUCCGCAUUGACAAAUUCCAUGAAAACUUACCUCCGUCUCGCAUGUCGGACGUAACAACCCGACUUCUUGGUGAGCAGCCUUAGGAAGCAUGAGGGAAAUUUAGGAGCCGCCAAUCUAUCCCCUUCCCAACAUCGAGCGGCGAAAUGAAUUGGAGUUUCUUUACAUGGACUGAGGGUUGAAUUAUUUUUUUCUGGGUUUUUUGUUUCUUCCCCUGGGGCUCUAUCCUUUGGCUCAGUUGUGCUCUAGUA